AUGUCGUUGAGUAAUUUUGAUGCUGAGAUGUCUCGUUUUGAGAAUGAGAUCUCCAAUACCAAUACAGUCACUGGUCCACCAAGAAUGCCUAUGAUGCCACCUGGUCCACCACCACCUGGUAUGUUUCCACCACUACUACCAGGUUUACCACCUCUUCCACCACCACCACCUGGUGUAAUGGCUCAGUUAUUAAAUAAUAAUAAUUCGGUUCCUUCACAAACUCGUUUACCACCUCGACCUGCUUUUGUACCACAUCAACUUCGUCAUCGUGUUCCACAACAAUCUGUACCUUUUCCUUCAUCAUCAAUGCGAGCGUCACAAAUGGCUUCAUCAAUUCCUCAACGAAUUCCAUCGCCACCACCAUCAUUACAAAAUUCGAUUCCUCCUCCACAACAAUCGACGCUUUCAGCUCAACCAUUACUUUAUAAAAAUCAAACAUCUAAUGAAAAAUCAACUCAUCCAAUUGAACCAACUAAUCCUAUUCCUCAACUUCCUACACAAAUACCAAUCAUAGAGAAUAAACCUUCUGCACCAAAAUUAGAUAAACCAUUAGUUACUAAACUUGAGCAAAAUCCUCAUCCAGUUAGUAAAGCAUAUGCUACAACAUCACAACCAAUGGAAACUAAUGAUCAUGAAGGUGAGAGUAGUUCAACAACAAAGAAAAAAAGUAAAAAUAAACAACCAAAAAAACCACGUCAUGUUCGUAUGGCUGGUGGUACGACAUGGGAAGAUGAAACACUUGCUGAAUGGGAUUCAGAUGAUUUUCGAUUAUUUUGUGGUGAUCUUGGUAAUGAAGUUAAUGAUGAUGUAUUAGUACGAGCUUUUAAUAAAUAUCCAUCAUUUCAAAAAGCAAAAGUUGUUCGAGAUAAACGAUCAGGAAAAACUCGUGGUUAUGGUUUUGUUUCAUUUAAAGAUUCUCAAGAUUAUAUUCGAGCAAUGCGUGAAAUGAAUGGUAAAUAUGUUGGUAAUCGACCAAUUAAACUACGAAAAAGUACAUGGCAAGAACGAAAUAUUGAUGUUGUUCGAAAGAAAACCAAAGAUAAAGUCAAAAUGGGUCUUAGAUAA